AUGACCGGAAUAGGGUGCAAGGUACGUAACAACUUAGUUUGGGAGAAACCGAGCGAGACAUGGUUGAAGUGCAAUGUGGAUGCCGCGUUCCAUGACCGUAAUCGUCUUACAUCCUCUGCAUGUUGUGUUAGAGACUCCCGAGGGAAAUUUAUUCGGGCACAAACGAAAUGGAAACGGGCAAAUAUGACAGUUUUGGAGGGGGAGGCAGUAGCCUUACUCGAUGCUAUUCACUUUGCUUAUGUGAACAGAUGGGACCGGGUUGUCUUCGAGUCUGACUCUGCUACUUUAGUGCAAGCUCUUUCGUCUCUGGGCCAUGGUGAUUCAGAAUUCUAUGCUAUUGUUUCUAGUAUUAUUUAUCAGUUAUCUUUACAUUCCAACUUCGAGGUGAAGUUUGUUAGGAGACAAUCGAACAUGGUUGCUCAUACUUUAGCUAGGGCGGUCUGUUCUUGGGCUAGUCACCGCAUUUUUAACUCUUAUCCUUCUUGUAUUGCACAUUAG